CUGCUGCUAAAUUGCUCUGUACUUUGGUUAUGCAUAAAAGCAAAAUUCAAACUGAGAGACUAUUGAACAAUACCCAGUAGUCCAUUUAGUUCUUAUUAAGAGCGAGAAAGGUCUCACCUUUUUUUGAUUCUCGUCGACUGUGCAAAAUUCACUAUUCCAUAAGUUUUUUAUUUUUUUUCCUUUGUGUUUUGUUUUGUUUUGAAAAUGAACGCGAUUCUGUGCCGUAGAGUGGUCGUCGACUCAUCUUCGCGUCUCACCAAAUGGCUCACGAACCCAACGACUCAUUCUCACCCGAAUCGUCAGACGUUCACUUCUCUCUACAAACCGAGCCAGAGCCGCCAAUUUCGAACACACUAUCUCCCUUCGAGCCCCUCGUCUCCUCCUCCCGUGAGCCGCUUUGACCCUUCUCUGCUAUGGCGAUCGGAGAAAAUUCGUGCGUUUUUCUCGAGCGCUUUAGUGAACAAAGCUGCGAAAUUGGGGAAUCUCGUGGAAUCUUCCAGAGUUGGGUUCAUUGGUUCUCGGUUUCCCAAAAAUGGUUUCGAAUUCGAGAGGUUCUCUGGGUUCCAAAGGCGUGGCGGUGGCUGGAAGCAUUGGCUUCAGGGAUUAUCAGAUCGUGACGUUGUUCUUGGAUUAGUUUUAGCUAACACUGGUGUGUUUUUGAUGUGGCGUGUUUUCAAUCAACAGUUCAUGAUGCAUAAUUUCAUGAUAUCGUUGGACAAUUUCACCAGUGGGCGUCUACACACUCUGAUCACUUCAGCAUUCAGUCAUAUUGAUAUUGGACAUAUCGUCUCAAACAUGAUUGGACUCUACUUUUUUGGAACCAGUAUCGCUACAAACUUUGGUCCCCAGUUCCUUUUGAAGCUGUACUUUGCUGGAGCACUUGGUGGUUCUGUUUUCUACCUGAUUCACCAUGCUUAUCUGGCUGCAACAUCGCCCAAGGGGCACGGAGCUUUCAUGAGGGAUCCAUCGAGAACCCCGGGACUGGGCGCGAGUGGAGCCGUGAAUGCUAUCAUGCUGCUUGAUAUCUUCCUGCACCCAACAGCUACCCUAUACUUAGAAUUUAUCAUUCCAGUUCCAGCCAUGUUGCUUGGUAUCUUCCUCAUAGGAAAAGACAUUUUAAGGAUAACAGAGGGAAACAGUAACAUAUCAGGUUCGGCUCAUCUGGGAGGAGCAGCAGUUGCAGCCAUCGCCUGGGCUGGGAUUAGGAAAGGCCGCAUCCGCUUUUGACCUGACCUUGCUUGGUUUUGGACCAAAACUUUUGGUCAUUUUUUAGAGAAAUCUUUCUUUAAAUGAUUUAAGCAACUUUGAGUCGUUGAGACCAUAUUGUGGCUCUCACAAGAUUUGGUCUCGGCUUACCAUAUCUGUUUAUCCAAGCAAUUUGGUCUCUUUUGUGCCGUUGAACCUAACCCUUUAGACUGAUCCACCUUGAAACAGUAUUUUUAAUUAGAUUAGUAUGGUAUAUGAUAUUUCUGUUUUUAAUAUAAAUACUAUAAAGUCUAUAUUA